AUGAAGCAGCGCGUCGACUUCUGCAAGGCAAUUUUGAACGACUACAGUAAGCAUAAUGACAAUGCAUUGUACAAUGUCGUUCACAUUGAAGAAAAGUGGUUUUACAUCACCAAGAUUUGUCGCCGCUUUUACCUCUGGCAUGACGAAGAGAACAUGCCCAGACACGUGCAAUCGAAGAGCCACAUCACCAAAGUGAUGUUCAUGGUGGUCGUGGCCCGACCUCGCAGCGACUGGGACGGAAAACUUGGCUGCUGGCCUUUAGUGGUUGGUGUCCACUCCCGCCCAACGAACAAGCGUGAAUCGGCCAGCAGGCGCACUUGUCACGACGACGGUCAACGUCACGAAGCCGGUCUACCGUUCGUCAUUCCGUCGAUCAAGGAGAAGUGGCGUUGGCUUACUGACGACAACGAAGGGGUCGUGUACUUGCAGCAGGACAACGCUCGCGUUCAUGUCGCUGCCGAUGGACCAACUGUUGUUGCUGCCACUGAGUAUGCAACCUUCCGCAUUCAAGUGCGCAACCCACCGCCGCAAAGCCCAGAUCUGAAUGUCUUAGAUCUGGGCGUUUUCAACUCCAUCCAGGCCUUUCAGCAGACGAUGGAAUGCAAGAUAAUCGAUGAUCUCGGGCUUGCUAUCGAAUUGUCGUUUGAUGAGUUGGCCCCCAUGAUUCUAGGGAAGACCUUUGCUACACUUCAUCGGGUCAUAAAAGCUGUACUGCAUGCGAAUGGUGGAAAUUCCUACAAGACUCCGCGAAGCAAGGACACGGACGAUGACAUGAUCAACUUGGAGCUUUUGGACCAGCGCAUUGAAGAGGAAAGUCGGCUCGAUGAAUUGUAUGACCUCGUGAACAGCACAGUAGUUUAA